AUGAAUUAUAGUUUGUUGAAAAAAAAAUUAAUAGAAAACUUUAAUGACGAAAAUGAUAAAUUAUGUAAUUAUGAGUUUGAAAAAAAAAAAAAAAACAAUUUAUCUUUGUUUAUUGAAAGGGACUUAAAUAAAACUUCAGAGUGGGAAAAAAUAAAUAAGAGUAACAAUGAAAAUAUGAAAAAAAAAAAUAAAAAAAAUAGUUUGGAUGUUUUAAACGAAAUAAAUGAUAUCCUGAAUUUGAAUAAUUCUGAAAAAGAAUCAACAAAUACAAUAGUAAAGAAUGCUAAAAAUAAUGUAGACAUAAACAAUUUUGAUAAAUAUGCAACUUCUCCAAAAAAUAAAAAAUUUGAAGUAGCUUUAUCUCAAAUUAUUCCUAAUGUUCAUUUUGUUAAUAAUAAUAAAUUAAUAGAAAAAAAAAAAAAAAAUAAUGAUAAUAAUAAUAAUGAAAAAGUAAUAUUUAAAGAAAGCUUAAACCUUGUAGAGUCAAGUUUUAGUUCUGUAAACAAGUGGCGAAAUCACACUGAUUUAAUUGAAUUUGUGAAAAACAAUUUAAAGAAUAAUGAAUUCAUGUAUGUCAAAAGUCAAGAUGGGCAAUAUGAAAAAGUAAGUUGCCAAAAUAAAAAAGAAAUAAACGUAAUUUCAAUAUCAUUAAAUGGAGUAUUGAUAAAUGAAAAGAAUGAAACAUCAUUUUAUGAAUUGAAUGAAUGGAAAAAUUAUGUAACUAUGUUAAAUAACGCAAUGAGAUUAAAUUUUAUAAAAAAGUUUAAAUUAUAUAAAUACUAUUUUUUAUUAAAAAAUCAAAUAAAAUAUAAUAAGUUUAAAAAAAGAAAAGAAUAUAUAAAAGAAAAUUUAAUUUUUUUGAACGAUCAAAUGCUUAAAGGACUUAUAGAAAUAAAUUCAAUAUUAAAUGAACUUAACGAAUAUAAGUUAUUAGACAUAAACAUAAAUAACAUGAGUAUAGAGCAAUUUGAAGAAUUACAAAAUGAUUAUAUUUUUAAAUUAUAUAUUUUGGUUAAUGAUAAACUAAAGCAAAUUAUUUCUAUUAUAUGUGAAUAUUGCCAUAAAGCUCUUAACAAAUUUUUAAAAGAAAACCAAAUAGAUGAAAAUGAUUCGAUUGUUGUUAAUAAUGUAAACGAAUCUAAAAGAUAUGGGAAAGGUCAAGUUAUUUUGAAAAGAAAAAAAGACUUUAAUAAAAAAAAUGAAACAAAUAAAUUAGAAUAUAAUAAAAAUAAUAAUUGUAAAAAUAUAUAUAUAUAUUAUAAUAAGGUUGCUUUAAGUCAUUGUUAUUCAAUUUAUAUUAAAAAAUAUAUACAAGUAUGUCAAUAUUUAUGUGACAAUAUAUUAAGAAAUAUUAUUAUACAAACAUAUGAAUAUUUCCUCGAUAUUUUGAACAACUAUUUUGUUUUAAUACCUGACAAAGUAGAUGUGAACAAUUCUGGCGAAAAAUCUAUGGGAAGUGGUUUACAAAUUUUUGAUAAAAUAAAAAAAGAUGUGAUAAAUAAGGAAAAAGAUGACAAUAUAUGUAUAAUAAACACUAAUGCAUUUAAAUCAAAAAAUGAUAUACAUCUUUUUAAUGUUGUCUUAACAAUAGAAGAAGGGAAAUUGAAAAUAUUUCCAGAAUGUGAUUUGCUUAUUACAAUAAUUGAAAAUUAUUUAAAUGCAAGUAUCGAAAUAAUAAAUAAACGAGAAAAUUUUUUUGAGCAUUUUAAAAUAAAAAAUAUGUUUAAAAGUGAAAUAUAUGUUGAUGAUAUAAUAUUUAAGAAUAGAAAAUUUGAUAUUUGUGAAAAUGAAAAAAAAAAAAUAUUUCAAGUUGAAAAUGAUGAAAUAAUACAAAAUAUGAAAAUCGAAUUAAAAGAAAAAUUAAAAAGUGUCUACAAUUCUAUGGUAGAAUCGUGUAAUGGAUUAAAUGAUAUAAUUUGUUUACACAAUAAAUAUAAAAAUAUAAAAGUUGAAAAUAUAGAUAUCAUGGAUGUUAGUUACAUAUCUGGAUUGUUUGAAAAUCUUAAAGAAUUGGAAAACAAAAUAAAAAAAAUUAACAAAGAAAUAAAUGUUCAUAUAUUUAAAGUAAACAAUAAUAUAUUGAUAGAAUAUUUAUUAAAAGGUAUAAAUACAAAAUGGACCGAAUUAAUAAACUAUUUACCAUCUUUAAAUAAAAAAACAAUAAGUAGUUUGGUUUUAAAAUUAGAUGAAGCAUAUAAUCAUAUAAAUAAAGUUCCAACAACUUUAUCUGAAUUAGUGAAAUAUAUAAAUUUCAUAAACAAUUUUAAUAAUGAUUUAUUAAAUAUUGAAGAAGCUGUUGAGUCUAUUUCAUCUUUAUUUUUGUUAUUUAAAAAAAAUUAUAUAAAUAUUAAUGGAAGUUAUACUACUAAAUUAUUUCAUAUAAAACAAAAAAUAAAUUCUUUAAAAACGAUAAUACAUUCAGAUAUAAAUUAUGAAAUCCAAUUUAAUUUUCAGUUUAAGGAUUUAGUAAAUGAAAUAAAUAUUGUUGAAAAAAAAAUACAAAAUUUUAUAAAUAUUAUAAAAAAUGAUAUAUUUAUAUUUUCUAUAAAAUAUUCUAUAAAUAUGAUGGAAUCUACACUUAAGUGUGUAACACCAAUUGAGCAAAUAGAUCAAUUUUAUUUCAAAAAUGAAAAAUCAAACAAUGAAGAAAUAAAACAAAUAGAAAAUGAUAAUGAGGUGUUUUGGAUUACUGAAAAUAAUGAAAUAGUUAUAGAAGAAAAAACCAAAAAAAAAAUUUAUAUUUUUGCAUUAUUAGAAUUUUUAAGAAUAAAUAUAUUAGACAUAAAAAAAGAUGUUGAUAAAUAUAUAUAUUAUCAAAAGAUUUUAAAAACUAAAAAAAAUGAAUUUGUAAAUUUCAGUUUAUUGAAAAAUAUAUUUAUAAAUACGAGUUUAACAAUAUAUACAUAUUUUAUGUAUAUAUGUUUUGAUGAAAAAUAUAAAUUAACAAAAAUUGUAAAAUUAGAUGUAGAGGAUUUAGAAAAGGAAAUAAACAGCAUAAAUGUGCAUUUUAAAAAAAUGAAUAAAAAUUUUAUAGAUAUAAAAAUAUAUAAUAAAUGUAACAAAUUUUAUACAAAAUAUGAAAAUGUAUUUAAAAUUUUAAAAAUGUUAAAUUUAAUUUAUAAAAAUACAAAAUAUUUUAACAAAGUAAUUGAUAUAAUUAAUAGUUCUGAUUCUUUUGAAGAAUUAAAUAAUAAAAUAAAUGAUGAAUAUGAUGAUAAUAAAGAAACAAAACAAGUUAUAUCAUAUAAUUAUAAUGAUAUAAUUUUAAAAAAUUUAUUGUCUUUUGAUUAUUCUAAAAAUAUAUCAAAAGUUGAAAAUAUUUUUAUAGAAUACGAAAAAGAAGAAAAAAUCAAUGAAGAAAUGGAAAAAAUUAAAAUCGAAUUAAAAAAGCAUAAACUAGAUGUAAGUUUAAUGAAUAAAAAGGUUUAUUAUAUAAAUAAUAUUGAUUAUAUAUUAAUAGAAUUAAGAAAAAUUUUAAAUAAAUUGAUAUUACUUGUAAAUGAUAACUCGAGUAAACAUAUAUAUACAGUUGUAUAUGAUAUUUCUGAAAAUAUUUUAAAUUUUACAAAUAUUCUGAUUUUUGUAAAAAAAAUUCAAAAAUGUUAUAAGCAUAUAGAUAAAUAUAAACAAAAUGAAAUAAAAAAUGUUACAAAUUUAGAUCUGUUUACAAACAUAAUUAGUAACUAUAAAAAUAUUUGCGAAGAAUUUUUUAUAUAUCCCCAUGUUAGUAAGCAUAUAAAAAAGGAUUAUGAUAUUAAUUAUUUUAAAUCUGUUUUUCAAAAUGUUGAAAAAAUAAAAAAAGAUGUUGAAAAAUAUAUAUUAGAAAAGAAAAGACAAUUUCCUAUUUUUUAUUUAUUACAUGACAAUGAUUUUUUAAAUGUUUAUUUAAAUGUUACUAAUUUAAAAAAAAUAAAUAUAUAUAUAAAAAAAUUAUUUCCACAAUUUAAAAAAAUUAUAAUUCAAAAUGAAUCCAUAUGUGGCAUAAUAAGUGUAGAUAAUGAACAGAUUAUAUUUAAAGAAAAUAUAAAAUUUAAAAAACUAGAUUUUUUAUUAAAUGAAAUUGAAACAGAAAUAAAAAACUAUGUUUUACAAAAUAUUUUAACACAUGUUAAUAAUAAAAAGUUUUUUACACAUUUAUCAGAUGACACAUAUUUAUAUUUUAUAAAUAUAAAUAAUUUACAAUUAUUAUAUAUCUUAUUAUCUGUAUAUUUUACAUUUGUUUUUGACAAUUUUAUUCAAAGUUUUUAUGAUAAAAAAAAAAACAUAAUUUAUUUAUUAUCAAAGAAUAUAAAUAGAAUUGGAACCCUGUCUAUACAACAUCGUGGUUCUAAUAUUUCAAAAAGUUGUAUAAAUAAAUAUCCUAAAAAUAUUUUAUUUUUACUUUGUUUUUUUAUACAUAUAAAAGAUAAAUUUAAUUUAUUUCUAAAUAAUGAAAAUAAUAUAACAAAUCGAAGUUGUAAAGAAAAUGGAAGUAUAGCAUGUCAUUCUUUUGAAUACUUAAACAUAGUUAAGCAUUAUAUCAAAGAUUCAAAUUAUUAUAUAAAUCAAUUUAAUAAUAAUAUAAAAUAUACAUAUGAAUAUUUAAAUAAUUUUAAUUAUUCUUUGGAUUUAAUAUAUGAAUGGGAAAGCUAUGGAUUUUUUUUUCAAAAUUAUGUAAAUAAUACUCUAAUUAUAUUAUCACAAAAUAAUAAUAAUAAAUUUAUAAAUACUAAUAAGAAUUUUUCUGUUUUAUUAGGAUAUAAUUAUGUUUUUAUAAAUAAUAUAUAUUUAAAAAAAGAGAAUAUAUAUAACUAUAUAGCUUGCAGCAUUUGCUCAAAUAUUUCUUUUUAUUUUUUUGAUGCAAAUAUAUUUAAAGAAGAUAUUGUUAAAAUUAUUAAAGACCAAUUUUCUAAAAUUAACGAUUAUUUAAAAAGUGGAAAAAAAUUUAUAAAUAUAAAUAAUCAUGAAUAUACAUUAAAUAAAAAACCACUUAUAUAUAUUUCACUUCAAAAAAAUGUAUUCCCAUUGUCUAGUUCCUCUUUAAAUAUAAAAAGUCCAAAUAAUGAGUUUACAGAUUUAUCUUAUCAGUUUUCUUUUCAUAAUUCUUUUAAAAAAAUAUCUAUUCCUUUUUUAUUUUUUAUAUUUUUUUCUUAUGGGUAUAAAAAGUCUUAUUAUUUGGCAGCAACCACAUAUAGACUAUUCAAUUAUCUACAACACCACGAUGAAAUAAAAAAAUGGAUUUUCGAAGGAAAUAUUGUGAACUUAUUAAAAGAAGGUUUAGAAACAUCUGAAAAAACAGAAUAUAGUUUUUUAAUUCAUGUAAUAAAUUAUGUUUCCAACUUUUUAGAUGCAAACAAAUUAAAGGAAUUUAUCUCGAAUAUAUGUCUUAUAUUUAAUAUGCCAAUGAUAAAACAGAAACAAUUAUACAACUAUGCAUCUAAAAUAGUAAUGGAUGAUAAAAAUGAAGAAACAGAAAUUAUAGACAAAAAAAAUUCAUUUUCUAUUUUAUCUGUUUCAGAUUUACAAGAAUCAAAAGAAAAUAAAAUUAAUGAAAUUAUUAAAAAUUUAACUAAAGAAAAAAAAUUGAUAUUUUUAAAAUACCAAGUUGUUAAAGCUAUUGAACUUUUUGAUAUUUUAAGUCGGAAUAUGAAAUUAAAUCUAAAGGAAAAUGAAGAAAAAAAAAAAUUAAAUGAUAUAGAAGUAGAAACUGAAAAUAAAAUAACAAACAUUAUAAUAAAUGGAAAAGAAUAUUCAGGAAUUAGUAUAAUAAUAUAUAUUUUACACAAUUUAUUAGUUAAUAUAAAAUGUGAAGAAUGCUUAGUAGAAAAAAUUAAUUUAAAAUAUUGUUCAGAAAAUGAUGUCUUAAAACUAUCAUUAAGAAGUAUGAACUCAUUAUUGUUGGAAAAAAAAACUGAUAUAAUAAAUGAAAUGAAUUUACCACAAAAAUAUAAUUUGUUAUAUUCAAAAUGUGAAAAUAGAAAUAAUAUCAAAGAUGAAAUCGAAUUAGACAUAAAAAAUAACAAAGACAUUAAAGUUGAUAAAGAAACAAAUAAUAAAAUGUUUAUAAAAUAUAUAAAAGUUGAAGAAACGAAAUAUAUUGAAAAUAUAGUAAAUUAUACAUGUUUAGAAAGUAAUAAAAUGAGUAUUGAAAUAAAUAAAGAAAAUUGUGAAUUUAAUAAUAUUUGUUUUAUUUAUAAAUCUGAAAAUAUUAGUAAAAUAACUCCUUAUUUUUUUAAAACAUUUUAUUAUAUUCAUAUUAAAAAUACUGUACCUUAUAUUUCUUUUCUUACUUUUUGUGUUGAAAAAUUAAAAAUAUAUAAAUCAGCACAAAACAAAAUUAUUCGGCAUUUUGACGAUCUUGUAAUUGAAACGGUCAAAUUUUUUAAACAAGAAAAGGAAAUAAAUAAAAAUCGUUUUGAAAUAAAAUAUAGAAAUAAAGAAAAAAGAGAAAAUAAUAAAUAUGAUGAUUCUUUUAUUGAUGAAAAUUUAAGAGAAAGAAAAAAUAGUUUUAAAGGUGUCACACAUAGACAAAUAGACGUAACGGAAAGUUUAAGUGAUAAUAACAUAGAAUCUAAAAUAAAAGAUGAAAAAAUAAAUAAAACAACAAAUUUAGAAGAAGAAUAUGUAUUCGAUUCUGAAGAAGAAAUAUUCGAAUUCUCAAAUUUCAAUGAAGGCUAUAUUUCUAUACAUAUAAAUACAUUAAUAUGUACAUUUAUAAAAUUUAUAGAUUAUUUUUUAAAAUUAUUAAUUGAAAAAAAAAAAAAUGUAGGAAAUAAAAAACUUAUAGAAACACAUUUAAAUAAUAUAAUAACUAUCAGUUUUAUUUAUACAUUUACUACAUUUAUGGAAAAAGAAGAAAGAAAACAAUAUGAAAAUUACAUAAUAAAAUAUAUAAACAAUAUAUCAAUAAUACCUAAAAAUUCAUCCUUUACACAUAUAUAUUAUAAUAUUGAAAAUAACAAAAUUUUAAAAAAAGAAAAAAUUUAUAAAAAUGAAAAAAUAUGCUUAAAUAAAAAUACACUUAUGAGUAAUAUUAUUGCAAAUGAAAAUCAUUUUUUUUUAUUUGAAGACUUAAAUAUAUUAUCUAUAAAAAAUUUUAUUAAAAUAUCAACAAAUAUGUCUAUUCCUUUUAUUAUUGUUGGUGGUUCAAGUACAGGAAAAUCUUUAUGCAUUUAUAAUUUUUUAAAUUCAUAUGUUAAAAAAAACAAGAAUCGUCAACAAAAUAUUUACAACUUUAUAUUUAGAUUUAAUCAUUCAUUUAACUAUAAAAAUAUUAUUCAGAAAUUUAGAAAAACUUUUAAUUCAUUUACGAAUCAUAUUAAUGAAUCUGUUACAAUAUUUAUCGACGAUAUUAAUUGUUUAAGUGGUAAUUCUGUACGUUCCUCAUUCGAAUUUUUUCACCAAUUGAUCAAUUAUCAGGAGUAUUUUGAUGCUGAAGAAAAUAAAAAUGUAUCUUUUUCAAAUUGUAAAAUACUCGGGACAUUAAAUCAUGAAUAUUCAGAACCCUCUAUAAAAAAAAAUUUUAUUUUAUCAAAAAUAUACAAACAUUUUUUUAUUUUAAAUAUCUCAUCACUUUCCCCAAAGAAUAUACGAUCACUCUAUUUUAAUAUGAUAGAAUAUAUUUUCCUGAAAUAUAACUUUUGCGAGGACAUGAUAAACGAAUGCCAAAAUUUCAUUUCGUGCAUUUUAGAAACAUUUGAGAUGAUUACAUUAAAAAAGGAAAAGACAGAUUUAAGUUUGCACACAAACAUGAUAAAUAACAUAAUAAACUACUUGCUAAUAUAUGAUAAACAAAACUGUACAAAUAUGAAUGAAAUUUGCUAUUUCUUUUUAAAUGAUAUGAUUCGUAUAUUUUGCAAUGAUACAAUUUUUUAUGAUAAAAGUAUAGAAUUUGAAAAUAUAGUAAAAAAAAAUUUCGAGAAAUAUUUUCAAAAAUAUGUAACAAAUGAUAAAUAUCCAUUACAAUUGAAUAUUCGAAAUAACAAAAUUUGUGUUGAAAAAGAAGAAAAUAAUAUGGAUAAAAAGUUCGAUUUAAAUUAUUUAAGAAAAUAUUUCCCAGUUUCAAAAUAUGAGCACUUUGAAAUAUUCUAUAACGAUAUAAUACGAUUUAUAAAAAUAAUAAACACUUAUCUUAUAUUUAGACAAAGUAAUAUAAUUUUUUUAAAUCAUCAAAAUAAAUUGUUAGAAAAAAUAGUUUCUAUUUAUUCCUAUUACAAAAAUAAUAAUUAUGUGUUUUUAAAAUGGAGUGAUAAUGAAAUGAAAAAUAAAAUUCGUGAAAGUUAUGACAAAACAAUUGAAAACCUUUCAAAAAUAAAUGAAAUAAAUUCUGAUACAUUUAAUGAGAAUAAUAUUCUUGAAUUGAAAACAAUAUUCUUUGGAAAAAUCGAAUUUGAUGAAAUGUGUUUAAAUUUUUUCGAUUUAAUAUUAUAUAAUUGUAAUUUAGAUAAUUUAUAUGACAAUUUUGUAAAUGAACAUUAUUUAUAUAUAAUAAAUAUGUUAAAACAUAAAGAAAAAUAUAUUGAAGGAAAUUUAGAAAAUUUUGUAAUAGCGAAAUUAUUAAACUUAAAUCAUUAUUUGUUUUAUGUUAAUGAUUUUGAUUUUUUUAAAAAUAGAUAUUUCUAUAAAUAUAGAAAUUUAUUUAAAAAAUGUUAUAUAGUAUAUUUAGAUUUUUAUAAAUUUUCCAAAAAAAUUAUAUUUUCUUUUAAUUUAUCUUUCCCUAUAUAUAAUUAUGUGAAUAAAAAGAUAAUUCAAUCUAUUGUUUUGAGUUCUAAAGAUUUUGAGAAUAAACAGUUUCGUUUUAUUUCUCAAUUUUCCAAUUCUAUAAAUAAAAUGUUGAAAAUUCAAAAUAAUAAGCAGAAUAGUUCUAAUAUUAACUAUUAUAGAAAACAUGCUGUAGAAGAUGUGUAUAAAAUAUAUGAAUAUUUGAAUGAAAAGGAACUAAAUAUAUUAAUAGACAAAAAAAAUAAAAUAAAAAAUAUGAUCGAAUCGAUACAAUUUAAUGGUUAUAAAUCGGAAAUCGAUGAAAUAAAACAAGUAAAAGACAAAAUAAAAAAUAUAAAAAAUGAAAUAACAACAUAUCAAAAAGAAAUUAAAAAUAUAAAAAAAUAUAUUAAAAAAAUGUUAAUAAUAUAUCAAGAAAAUAUUUUGCAAGCUAAAAAUAAAUUAAAUGAUAUAAAGAAAGAAGAUUUUGAAUAUUUUAAACAUAAAAAUAAAAAUAAUUAUAUGGGAUAUUUAAAAAUAUUAUAUUUAUAUAUAAAUAAAAAAAAUGAUAAAAAUUAUAUUCAAAGUACAUUUUAUUAUCACUAUAUUAUAAAGCAUAUUAAAAAAAUAGAUGAAAAUAAUAUUAAUAAAAGUUUAAUCUUGAAAUAUGAAAACAUUUCAAAUGUUCAAAAUUUUUUAAAUUAUAAAUUUGUUUAUAUUAUUCAUCUUUUUAUUAUAUCUAUGAAUGAUUAUGUUAAAAAACGUGAUUCUCUAAAAUUAAAAUAUGAAUCUAUAAAAACUUUAGAUUCUAAAAUAUCUUUAUUGAAUGACAAAAUCGUGAAAAUUCGUUUAGAACGUUUGUAUUCUAAAAUCGAAAUAGAUUUAUUGACACAUCUUCUGUCUCUAUAUUCUGAAAUAAAAUUGCAAAUAAAACAGACAAAAAAAGAAUUAAUCAUGAAAUCGAUACACUUUGGUUAUUGUCCUGGAAUGAAUAAUAAAGAAAAAAAAACAUUUUUAAAGCUUCUUAUUGAUCAAAUAGAUAUAUAUGAAAGGAAUGAAAGUGACAAUGAGUUAUUAGAUGGAAUGAACAAUACUAUAAAUAAAACAAAAGACAAAUUAGAAUUUUUGAUAAAUCACAAAAAUUUUAUUAAUAUUUCAUUCUUAAAAAAAUAUAAAAAAAUGAAUUUAUGUAAUGAUAACAUGAUCAUAUAUACUUGUCAUAUGUUAGAAAUAAUAAAAAAAAAAAUAAAUAUUUGUAUAGAUCCAUUUUGCCAUAUAAAAAAAUAUUUUUUAAAAAAAAUAAAAGAAAGUGAAAAAAAAUGUGUAUAUAUAAAAUACCAUGCCAUAAAUAAAAUGACAUUUCAAUUGUAUAAUGAAGAUAAAGAUGAAAAUAAAAAUAAAAAUUUUGAGAACAGUUUUAACGAAAAAGAAAUGUCUAAUCAAGGUUUGAUGGAAAGAAUAAAUCAUUAUAUAGAAAAUAAUUAUGUUAUUAUAUUUAAAGGAUUGGAUAAAGAUCUUUUACAAAUAUUAUGCAAAAAAUAUAAUAAAUCUUUUGUAGAAAAUAUCUAUAUUUUUGUUAACAUGAUUGAACAAGUAGAAUAUAUUAAAAAGUUUUUAGAAAAUGAAAAAAAUAUUCUUUAUGUAUAUUGUGAUUAUAAAAAAAAUAAUGUUCUAAAUCUUUUUUCAUAUUAUUAUCAAAAAUGUAGAGGGAAUUAUAAUGACUUAAAAAGUUUACCCAUCGAAAAGGAGAAUCAUUUUAAUAAGGUAACUCAAUUAGCGGCAUUUUUAUUAAACAAGGAAAUUAGUGAAGCGGAAUUGAAAAGCAAACUAAAUGAAGAAAUCAAAAAAUUUGAAGAAGUUAACAAGUUUGAAAAAGUUAACAAAUUUGAAAAGACAAACUUUUUACUAAUUUACACAUUUUAUGUUUUAAUAGAAACGCUCAAAAUAGUGAAUAAAAAUAUGAAUUUUAUAAGUCACCGUAAAUUUAUAAAAAUAAUUAAAUCAUGUUUUGAAGAAAUAAAUAUAGACAAUAAAAAUAAUUAUAAUGAUAUUUUGAAUUAUAUGUAUUUUCAUAUUAUACCAAUUUUAAAAAAAAGAGAUUUAUUUGUUUUCAAUUUUUUAUUAAGUAUAUAUUUAGACAUAUUUGUUCAUAAAUCUAUUAAAUGGAGAGAUUUAUUCCUUUUUUUUAGAAAUUACAGAAAUAAAAAUAGUGAAAGAAACAUUCAAGAUAUUUACAAAAAUGAUGAAAAAAAUUUUGAAGAAUUUAAAAAAGACGAUAAAUAUUUAUUUACAAAUAUAUUAGAAACUAAUGAAACAAAUGAUAAUUUUUACAGAAAAAUAAAAGCUAAUAAUUUUGAAACAUUUUAUAAUAAUUUUAUAGAUUUAAACAACAAUUUUGAUGAAUAUUAUCAAAUAAUUGACAACAAAUUAGAUCAUAUGGGUGAAGAAGAAAAAAAAUGUGAAAAAAGUUACAAAAAUGAGGAAAUUGACGAUGUUGAAAAGGAAUUAAAGUAUUUUAAUAGAAUACAAAGUUUAUCAAAAAAUUUAAACAAAUCAUAUACACUUUUAUACAUAAAAAAAAGGAAACUAAAAGGAAUGUUAUAUCAUAAAUAUUUUGAUGAUAAAGAAAAUGAAAUAAAUAAUGAAAAUAAAGCAAUGUGGAUACCUUCAUCAUAUAAUGAUGAAUGUGGUUACAAAAUUUUGGAAAAAGAAAGUGACAAUAAAAUGAGUAUAAUUUAUUAUAUUAAAGAAUUAAAAGAGCUAGUUAAUUCUAAAAAAAAAAUAUAUAAAAAUGUUUUGCAUAACAUAUAUGAAUAUCCAGAAAAUUGGAAUGAAUAUAUAAAUAGUUAUGAAAAUAUAUAUUCAAAAAAUUUAAAAAAAAAAAGAGAAUUUCCAAUUAAAGAAUUAAAUGAACCAUGCAUGUAUUUUUAUAAAAUAGCUAUUGACAAAAUUAUUAACAAAAAUUCAUUAAGUAGUUUUAUUCAAGAAUAUAUAUUUAUUAAAUUAUCAGGUAUUGUAUAUAAAGACAAAAGGAUGGUAUAUGAUAAUUUUUAUAAUUUUUUUAGACAUAAUAUUAUUAGUAAAACUGAAUAUAAAAGUGAUAAUACAAAUAACAUGUUAGAAAGUUCGAACAUAAAUAUAAAUGAUAAUCUCUAUUUUUUUGAUAUUUUAAAAAAGCAAAAUUACAUUAUUUUUCUUUUGGAAAAAAACAUUUACAGUAAUAUUAUACUAAAUACAUUGUUAAAAUGUAGUAAUGUAUUGUUUUUAGAUUUUAAAAAUAUAGACAAAAUGUCUAAAAAAAUAAGCAACAUCAUUGUGUCAAAUAUAUAUACUGUAUCGGACGUUUUAAAUUGUGAAAGUUUUAUAGAAAAUAUUCUUAAAAGUAUAAAAAACGAUAUGAACAUUGUAAAAGAGCAAAAUGUAGAGCAGAAUAUAGACCAAAAAAUUUUUAUAAUAUUUUAUAAUAACAUAAAUAUAUUAACAGACAAUUUGAUUAAUAUUUCCUUUAAUAUUAAUCUAGAUUUUAGUUUUGAUUUAUUUGAUUUUCUUAGUUACGUUAAUUUUGUAUUCGACUUUACUGAAAUUCAUAAAUUAUCUGUAUGCUCCAAUCAGAUAUAUUCAAAGCAUAUAUUUUUAUCUAUUUUAUUUUUUAUUUUAAUUAAUGAAUAUGCAUAUUUAGAAAAUAUGAAUAUAAACUUUGAUAUUACAAAUGAGAUUAUUUUAUUAGUGAAAUUAUUUUGUAAUUUAAAAUGUGAGUUUAAAAAUGAUGAAACCGAGAAAAUGGAACCCAAUGUAUUAUAUGGAGAAAAUUUAAUUUGGGCUGCAUCUGAAAAAAAAAGUGAAAGGGAUGAAUCAGAUAGAUGUAGAACCUUUUUUUUGAACUAUUUUAAAAGUUUUCUUGAUCGUUUAUUUCCAGAAAAAUAUAUAUUAAUAAAGAAUAUGAUAGAAUCAUUUUUGUACAAUUUUUUUAACUUAUCAAACAAGAAUAUUUUAUGUAAUAAUGAUAAUAUUUUUAAAAAUAUUCCUAAUAAUAUUAUAACACUAAAAGAAUUGAUAAAAUAUGUUUUAGAAAAUUUCGAAAUAUUUGAAAAUAUUAUUCAGAAAAACAAACUUUAUAAUAUCUAUAAAAUGGCUUAUAAUAUAAAAUUUAUGGAAAAAAUAUUUAUUUCAAAAUGUUGUAUUACUAAUACAUAUGAAAAAAAAACAAUUUUUAAUCAUAUACUAUUAUCCUUUGAUAAUUUUUCUUCUUUUCAUUUUAUAAAUCAGCCCUUGAAUAGUACACCACAACUUAAUUAUCUAAUCCAAGAAUAUAACAUGAUUCUAUAUCGUGUUUAUGAAAUGAAAAAAGAAAUUCAAUAUUAUUUGAAUACAUCACAAUUGUCUAAAAUAUCAAAUAAAUAUUCAGAACAAAUGGAACGAAGCUUAUUACGAUACAAAAUACCAUGGAAAUGGCGCCAUUUUUCAGACAGAGAAAAAUGUCUAUAUAAAUUUUUUGAAGAAUUAAAAAAAAAAUUAAAUUAUAUUAAAGAACUUAUAAGGAAAGAACAAAAAGGUGAAAAAAAUGUUUACAAUAUAUCAUUUUUCAGUAACCCAAUGAUGUUUUUUUAUUCAGUUUAUUUUACACAUGCAAUAAAUAUGGGAACUAAUAUUCGUGAGCUAAAUAUUUCCCUUAAGUUUUCUGAGAAAGUUAACGACAAUGAACAAGGUAUUUGGAUAGCACCGAUUAAAAUAUACAAAAGCUUAUUUGUAAAAGGAUCCGAGAAGUUUGUGAACCAAAAAAUCCACAAUAAAAAUGAUAUUUAUUUUAAAGUUCAAAAUGAAGAAAAUAAAUGGGUGGAUACAAAACCGUUUAGUAUAGAAAAAUAUAAUUCAAACAACAAUUUAAGUAAAUCAGAAGAAAAAGAUGAAAAUUCUGUCCAAAAGGAUAACAACACAAAUAUAGAAAAUUUAAAUGAAAAACCAUUUAGUGAAAGCACAAUAAAUAUGCGGUAUUCAAAUAGCUACAUGGCAUAUGCAAGGAAAAAGGAUAAAGAUUUUUAUUAUGACUCACCAUAUAUAGUAAUAAAAAUUAAAAAGAAAAAAGAGAAUAUGGAAAAUAAAAAAAAUAGCGAGCAUGAUAAAAUUAGAGAAGAAUAUGAAAAUUAUGAGGAUACCGAAGCAAUUAAAGACGAUGAAUCAAAUUCGAAUAAAAACAUUAUAGAUGUAAUUAACAUGGAAAAUAUUUCGAAUCAAUUUUUUGAUUUAUUUGAAAAUAAAGACAAAUUUGAUGAUAAUGAAUUUAUUUAUUACUGUCCUAUUAUGAAAUUUAAUUCACACAUACAAAAAGAUCCUAGUCUCCAAUUUUUCCUUCCUUUGCCAUGCAUCCAUAGCAAAAUAAUUUGCAAAAAAUUUAAAGUUCAUAUGCUGCUAUAA